GGCAACGUUGCGCUGAAACGGGCAACAAAAGAAGUCGGCUGAAAAUGGUUGUCGGUGUUUUAGGUAAGGUUAAGUUUUUCAGUCGUGACGUUUAAGCCGAGUGCACUUGUGCAAUACAUCCAUCCCAUUUCAACGUUCACGCGUCAAAUUCUACGUGUUUCAAAGACAUUUUCGACAUAUCAUCGUUCACCGCAAAGAAAAAAUGGAAGACAUCCAUCGCGAAUUCGACUCGAAAUCACCCCAAAUGCGUCGCGAGGGUGACUCCGUGGACGAUUUCGAGCACCUGGGGCACGAUUCGAGCCCGUUGGGGCACGCGAACCCCCCCGUGGGGGACCUGCUGGACAUGCAGUGCAGCGAACCUGCGAAAAUCGAUACCGGCUCGGAAAAUACAGGCCUCGCUUUUACCGGCGUCAGUUUUCAACCCUCCAAGACGGUGGAAGAUCCGCUAUCGCAGAAAAUGGACUCGAAUCUGUUGGAAAUGGGCGACGCGGUGCCCCAGAACGCGCGACAACCUGCACCCGAACCCAAACUGGAUGAUUUCAUGCACGGGGAGGAUUUUCUGCCCAGGGACCACCUGCAGGAUAGACAGAAUAUCCUCAAAACAUUCAUGGAAAACGAACGACAGGUGAUGGAGGACAUAGAAAAACUGCAUUCCAAGAAUCCGGAUCGCGAUCUGCUGGACAAAUACUCCGAUAGUGACGAUGACGAAUUCGUACUGACACCCAUAUCAGCCCCUACUUCCGCGCCGCCCCCGGUGCCCAGUUACGUCCCUGCGGCUCCGGCUCCAGUUAAAGAAAAAACUCCGGAGCCACCGGUUAAAGAAAAAACACCAGAGCCCCCGGCGAAGCCCGCAUCGGCUCCCGUCGAGCCCCCUCAAAAAGAGGCUCCGCAGAAGGGCCUAGAGGUCAAGGCUAAAAUCGCGCCGGCCGAUGCGGAGGCCAUUUUCAAAAAAAUGGGAUUGGGUAAGGCUAGAGGAUAA